AUGGGUUUCAAGGUCGUCGCUAUCGAUAGUCGUAAGGAGGGAAGGGCAUUGGCGGCAGAAAACCCUCUCAAGCCCGAUCUCAUCGUUGAUCCGAAUGAGGAAGGUAUAGCUGACAAGCUCAAGGAGUGGUCCGGCGGACUUGGCUUGAACGGCUUCGUGGUCUGCACCGACUACAUCGACGCAACUAGCUGGGCGCUGCCGCACCUUCGGCCACGCGGCACCCUGGUCGAGUUGGGCCUACCGACCAAGAACUUCGAGUUCGAGCCGUUCAAAGCGAUAUUCGAAGAGCUCACUAUCAGAGGCUCGCUUGUCGCCAGUAAGAAGCAGACGGAGGAUAUGCUGAGGACCGUGGCGAAGCAUGGGAUUACCACCAAAAUCAAUGUUUUGACACCAGAGGAGGGAGUGAAGCUGCCGGAUCUGUACAUGGAUCCGCAUCUCAAGGGCAGGCUCGUGGUGAAGUUCGAAUAA